AUGGCAAAAGAAAACAACUUGAAGGUAGAGUUCAAAUCCCAGCUUCAUCUCAGGAGCUUCCACAAACAUGAGGCAGCAGAAAGCCCUCACUCUUGUUCUCUGGAUAUGCUAUUACGCAGAUUGAGGGCCAUAGAAGCUAAGCAAGAUAAGUUUGCCAACAUCAUGGAUGCAGUAGGGCAGUUCGGCACAUUCCAGCGGAGGCUGGUGGCCCUCACCUUCCUUCCCAACAUCCUGUCUGCCUUCUUCAUGUUUGCUGACAUCUUCGUGUUCACACACCAGAAGCCCUAUUGCAACACCAGCUGGAUACUGGCAGUGGGCCCCAACCUGACAGAGUCUGAGCAGCUGAAUCUGACCCUGCCUCGAGCACCCAAUGGCAGUUUCCUGACUUGCCUCAUGUACUUGCCUGUGGACUGGGAUCUGAAUUCUAUCAUCCAGUUUGGCCUCAACCACACAGACUUAUGUCAAGAUGGGUGGAUCUAUCCUGAGGUCAAGAAGCGAUCGCUGAUCAAUGAGUUUGACUUGGUGUGUGGCAAGGAACCGAACAUGGAAACCGUGCAGACCAUGUUCUUGGCGGGACUCUUGACAGGGUCUUUCCUCUUCGGGUUCAUAACUGACAAGCUGGGCCGCUACCCGACCAUGCUGCUGUCGCUGCUGGGGCUGAUCAUCUUCGGCUUCGGGACAGCCUUUGUCAACAGCUUUCACCAAUAUCUGUUCUUCCGCUUCUGCGUGUCUCAGGCUGUGGUGGGCUACGCCAUCAGCAGCUCGUCUUUAAUCGCGGAGUGGCUCGUGGGCGUGCACCGGGCCCCCGCCAUCAUCCUGGGACACUGCUUUUUCGCGGUGGGGGUCAUAUUCCUGACGGGGCUUGCCUACAGCCUUCCCCACUGGCGGCUGCUGUUUCUGGUGGGUGGGGCACCGGUGUUCCCCCUCGUCUCUUAUAUCUGGAUUCUCCCAGAGUCCCCACGGUGGCUGGUGAUGAAAGGGAAGCUAGAGGAAGCCAAGCAGGUGCUGUGCUAUGCAGCUGGUGUGAACAAGAAGACCAUUCCUUUAAGUCUGCUGGAUAAGCUGCCUGGAAAGAAGGUGACGACGGCCUCUCUCCUGGACUUCUACAGCAACAGGCACCUCCGCAAGGUGACCUUGGUGAUGUGCAGCAUAUGGUUUGCUGUCGGUUGCAACUAUUACAUGCUGGGCCACAAGAUAAAGGAAUUGGGAGUGAACAUCUACUUUAUGCAAGUGAUCCCCGGCGUGAUGGAGGUGCCCGCCCGGCUGUGCAGCAUCUUCCUCCUCGAGCAGCUGAAGAGGAAGUGGACCCUGAUUUUGACUCUCUUCCAAGGAGCCCUCAUGUGCUUCCUUAGCCUUAUGCUCCCCUCAGGGAAGGAUGGCCAUAAGCUCAGGUGGCCACAUUGUCUGGCCACAGAGCUGGAAUCCCUCUUGGUCUUGAUAAUCGUGCUUGGAGAGUUCAGCCUGGCCGCCACGGUCAGCGUGUUCUACAUCUACACGACGGAGCUCCUCCCCACCGUCCUCAGGGCAACAGGUCUGGGGCUAGCGUCUCUACUCUGGGCAGCUGGAGGCAUCUCGUCCUUGACCCUCGUCAACCAGAACGUCAGCAUCCUACCCAUCUUUCUGUGCUGCAUCUCAGCCUUCGUGGCUUUGUUCUUCUGCUCCAUGCUGCCAGAAAUGCAAGAUCGGCCCCUCCCUGAUAGCCUGGAGCACCUUCCCCCACAGAGAAGGACCCUGAGUGAGGAUUUAUCAAGCGAGGACAUGUCAUGUGACGACGUGACGGAGGAAGUAGCCAAGAACACCAUUCUCAAUGCCACGAUGACAAAUAUGGACCAAGACGGUCUUUCCAACCUGUCACUGCAAUCCAGAGGAGAGGAAAUAGACAAACAGGAGGACUGA